AUGGCCGAAGAAAUCCCCAAGCAAGGCAAGGCCGGCGUGGUGGUGAACGAGGGCUCUGACUUCAAGAUUGAAGUCCAGAUGGUCGAUGUGCCCGAGCCGAAGGACGACGAACUCCUAGUCCGCCUCAACUGCACCGGCCUCUGCAUGAGCGAUGUCCACUUCAUGAUGAACGACUGGGCUCUCCCACCCAUGAGCGCUUUCGGCGUCCGCUGUGCCGGCCACGAGGGAGCAGGUGUGGUGGUCAAGGUCGGCAAGGCCGUCAAGGGCUGGAACGUGGGUGACCGAGCAGGAAUUAAGCCGCUGUCGGAUGUCUGCCACAACUGCGAGGAGUGCUGGAAUGGACGCGAGAACUACUGCGCCGGCGGCGUCUACACCGGUCUUAUGAGCGCCGGCACCUACCAACAAUACCUGACCUCACCCGCCAUCUACACCUCUCGCAUCCCCGACGGCGUCGAAGACGCAGUCGCCGGCCCCAUCAUGUAA